AAGCAUACACCCUCGACAAGUGGUAGAACAUAAACCAUUUGCUGCAGCAGUGGGCUUUUUCAAUUUUUACCCCCUUGUUUUUCAAAAAUAUUAAAAAAUAAGAAUGCCUGUCCUUCAGGAUUUCAGGGAAGAUGAAAGCGAGGAGGAGGAAGAAGAAAGGGUGUUCCUUAAGCCUGUUAUUGAGGACAGAAACAUGGAACUGGCCAGAAGAUGCACUGAAAAUAUAAGUGAUAUCCACUAUAAAGAAGAGUAUGAAAAAUCUAAAGGCAAGUUCACAUUUGUAUCUGACACCCCUCAGUUAAAACAUGUGAAAAAUAUGAGUGCUUUUAUUUCUGAGACAAAGUACAAAGGAUCUGCUAAAAAAGACCUUUCCAAUUCUCUGUAUAAGCAGAUGCCAGCCACAAUUGACAGUGUGUUUGCAAGAGAAGUUACACAGCUUCAGAGCAAGGUACUCUACAAACAGAAACAUGAUGCUGAAAAAGGGACAUCAGAUUAUGCACAUAUGACAGAGCCCCCAGAUGUUAAGCAUGCUAUGGAAGUCGGUAAACACCAGAGUAAUGUGUCAUAUAAGAAAGAUGUGCAAGAUACACACAGAUACACUGAAGUGCUGAACAGGCCAGACAUAAAGAUGGCAAGCAAGAUAUCAAAGAUAAUAAGCAAUGCUGAAUAUAAGAAACAAAGAGGAGAAAUGAAUAAGGAGACUGCUGUACUCGGAAGACCAGAUUUUGAGCAUGCUAAGGAAGUUUCUCUACUUUUAAGUCAAGUUAAAUACAAAGAGCAAUUCAAUAAGGAAAUGAAGAACCACCAGUAUAACCCUCUUGGCAGUGCUUCUUUCAAGCAAGCACAGAUGGCAUCCAGCUUGGCGAGUGAUGUGAAAUACAAAAAAGAUAUGGUGGAAAGUCUACACAAUCCAGCUUCAGACCUGCCAAACUUGCUAUAUUUAGAGCAUGCUUUAAAUGCCAGCAAAAUGCAUAGUAAUUAUGAAUACAAGAAACUGUUUGAGAAAAGCAAGGGGCACUAUCAUUUUGCCCUGGAUACAAGUGAACAGAUGCAUCACAAAGAAAAUGCUGUGCUCCAAAGUCAGGUUAAGUACAAAGAGGAUUAUGAAAAAUCUAAAGGCAGAUCAAUGAUGGAGUUCACAGAUACGCCAAUUUAUCAAGUUUCAAAAGAAGUUCAAAAGAUUCAGAGUGAGAAAGCGUAUCGCAAAGAUUUUGAAGAAGGGCUUAAAGGAAAGGCAUCACUGGAUUUAGACAAGACCCCAGAAUUCUUGCAUGUACAACAUGUCACCAAUCUUUUGAAAGGGAAAGAGUAUAGAAAAGAUUUGGAAGAAGGGAUGAAAGGAAAAGGACUGACAGUGUUUGAAGAUACUCCGGAUUUGAUUAGAGUGAAAAAUGCAGCCCAGAUACUGAAUGAGAAAGAAUAUAGAAAAGAUCUGGAAAAUGAAAUAAAGGGGAAAGGAAUGACACUGACUCCAGAUAUCCCUGACAUUCAGAGAGCAAAAAGAGCAUCUGAAAUUGUUAGUGAGAAAGAAUACAAGAAAGACCUGGAGACUGAAAUUAAAGGGAGGGGCAUGCAAGUGGGCACAGAUACCCCCGAGAUACAACGGGCCACGAAAGCUUCUGAAAUUGCAAGCCAGAAAGAAUACAAGAAAGACCUAGAGACUGAAAUUAAAGGGAAGGGGAUGCGAGUGGGCACGGAUACCCCUGAGAUACAAAGAGCCAAGAAAGCUUCUAAAAUUGCAAGCCAGAAAGAAUACAAGAAAGAUCUGGAGACUGAAAUUAAAGGGAAGGGGAUGCAAGUGGGCACAGAUACUCCUGAGAUACAACGGGCCAAAAGAGCUUCUGAAAUUGCAAGCCAGAAAAUGUACAAAGAUGAAGCAGGGAAGAUGCUCUGUAACUACUGUACCAUACCAGAUACUCCAGAAAUUGAGAGGAUUAAGAAUACUCAGAAAAACAUCAGUUCAGUGUUUUAUAAGAAGGGAGUAGGCUCUGGCACAGCAGUCAAAGAGACUCCUGAGAUUGAACGAGUAAAGAAAAAUCAGCAGAAUAUUAGUUCAAUAAAAUACAAAGAAGAAAUGAAGCAUGCCACAGCAAUUUCGGAUCCCCCAGAAAUAAGGAGAGUUAAGGAAAACCAGAAGAAUAUUAGCAAUGUUCAGUACAAAGAGCAGCGUUGCAAAGCUACACCGGUGACUGUCACCCCUGAGAUGGAAAGAGUCAAGAAGAAUCAAGAAAUUGUCAGCUUGGUUCACUAUAAAGGGCAGCCUGCCAAAGCUACUUCUGUGAGUGUCACUCCUGAGAUGGAGAGAGUCAAGAAGAAUCAAGACAAUAUCAGCUCGGUCAAGUACAGCAGUGAUCAGAAGCAGAUGAAAGGUAGACCUAGUGUGAUUCUUGACACACCUGAGCUAAGGCAUGUCAGAAAAACACAAAACAACAUCUCAAUGGUGAAAUAUCAUGAAGAUUUUGAGAAGACAAAGGGCAGAGGUUUUACACCAGUGGUGGAUGAUCCUGUGACAGAACGGGUGAGAAAAAACACCCAGGUUGUGAGUGAUGCUGCAUAUAAGGGAGUGCAUCCACAUAUAGUUGAAAUGGAUAGAAGACCAGGAAUAAUUGUUGACCUCAAAGUCUGGCGCACAGAUCCUGGCUCCAUCUUCGACAUUGAUCCUCUGGAAGACAGUAUUCAGUCUAGGAGUCUGCGUAUACUUUCUGAAAAAGCAAGGCGUUAUAAUAAACAGCAUUUCCAUUCCACCAGUACUUUUGGCAUGAGUUUGGGAGAUGAAAAGUCAGAUGGUUCUGAGACAAACCCUAGCCUUUCUUACUGCAGUGAAUUAACAAGGCCAUCUGAUGAAGGAGCCCCUGUGCUUCCUGGAGCAUAUCAACAAAGUCAGUCCCAAGGGUAUGGAUAUAUGCACCAGACCAGUAUGUCAUCUAUGAGGUCAAUGCAUUCUCAGCCACAUUCAGUAGGCUUGAGAACAUACAGAGCUAUGUAUGACUACAGUGCUCAAGAUGAAGAUGAAGUUUCCUUCAGGGAUGGGGACUAUAUCAUCAAUGUGCAACCAAUUGAUGAUGGCUGGAUGUAUGGUACUGUUCAGAGAACUGGGAAAACAGGAAUGCUUCCAGCAAAUUACAUUGAGUAUGUUAACUAAUUUUUGUCCCUAGUCCUUUGAGCUUUAUUCUGAUUUACUCAAAACUUAACCUUUUGAAACAAAAUACUCAGAAGAAACUUUUAAGACCCUAUGUUCAUUACUUUAUCACUAAUAUAACAAUUUGAUGUAAGAAUCACAAUCUGACACACAUAUCCAAACAGUAUAGCUUAUAAUAAUACUUUGUAAGAACAAAAGACAUAUGUGAAAGCCCGGUGCUGCCUAUUAUGUAAAGGUUUCCAUCCCUUAGCUAUAAAGGAGAAAUGUCUUUUUCUGAGAUUCUUGUUUAAACGUAACCAUAACAUGGAUUCUUUUCUUAUGUCACUUUAAGAUCACAAGAGGCUAAUACUUUCAAUUUAGUAAUACAUUCUAAUAAUUUUUAAAGCUGUUUAACAUAGAGCAUUUAAUGUCCCAGUAAAAAUGAUGACUGGAUAAUUCAGCCUUUUAAGUAACAGCAGAUAAUGUGCUGGUAAAAAUCCUACUGCCCAGCAGCCUUACAAGAAACAAAGGUCUGUCUCUUGACAGUGAAAGUUCCCAACUCUCACUUGCCCACACAACCGCACUCAUUCCUGGGUCUUACACUGGCUCUCCUUCAUGACUGUGCCCUUAUCUCCUGUCAGUUUUACUUGCUUCCCAAUCCAUCAGUUUUGAUUGUGCCUUGAUUCAUGGCAAAUCUGUGUUUUCCACAACAUAUUUCCCACUGGCACUGUUCAGAGUGCAGAGCCAAAUUGCCACCUCUUCUGUUUCCCUUAAAUAAUAAUUGAGAGACCAGGUGGGUGAGGUAAUAUGUUUCAAUGGAUCAACUUCUGUUGGUGAGAGAGACAAGCUUUUGAGCUUACACAGAGAUCUUCUUCAAGCUCAAAAGUUUUCUCUCUCUGACAAACAGAAGCUGGUCCAGUGAAAGAUAUUACCUCACCCACCUUGUCUCUCUAAUAUCCUGGGCCUGACAUAGCUACAGCAACACUGCAUACAUUAAAUAAUACUUAACAUUUAGAUAGCAAUGUCCAUCUUCAAAGCACUGUACAAACAAUUUCCAUUACAUCCUUUAUCCUUAACUAUCCUGCUGUAAAUAGCCAGUCUUAGGGCUAUAUACUAUGUGGCCUCAUGAAGCUUAUAGCUACAGCCUUCAUUCUUCCCACAAGUGACUUGCUUAAUGUCUGCUUUGGUGAUAAAACCGACAUGUACCCACCCCUGCUGCAAGGGAGUCCUGCACCUGUGUAGAAAAGUUGAGAGGAGCUCUGAUUUUAUGAUACGUUACAGUUCAAUGGCCUACUGCUUAAGUUCCUUCCAAAACACUGGCUCUAGUUGUGACAUCAGUUGGUUGUCCAAAAAUGGGUUAUAUGUUCACCGAAUGAUUAAAGAAAGACAAACUUCA